AAUCAUUUUUAUUUCCUUCAUCAUCUCCGUUACGUUUCCUCAAAAUGCUUCAAUCCAUAUCCACUUCUGUUUCAUCUUCGUCUCUGUUACUCAUCACCUCCCGCAUCUCCUCCUCCUCUGCCUCAUCAACCUCCUUUCUCUCCUUUCUCAAACUCCCCCGAAAGCCCUUAUCAUUCCCAACAAACACUCAAAGAACAACCAUAUCCACAACAACCCCCAAAAUGAACUGGUUAGGUAAAUUAGGGUUAGGGUUUGGUACAAAUACAUCAAUGAAUGCAUCAUCAUCAGGAGCAUCAGAAAUUGCUCAAUCUCCUGAUGAAGAUAUACCAUCACCAGGUCAAGAGUUUGCUCAGUUUGGUGCUGGUUGUUUCUGGGGUGUUGAAUUAGCUUUUCAGAGAAUACCUGGUGUUACUAAAACUGAAGUUGGGUAUAGUCAAGGGUUUCUUGAUAAUCCUACUUAUAAUGAUAUCUGUACUGGUACUACUAAUCAUUCUGAGGUUGUGAGAGUACAGUAUGAUCCUAAAGAAUGUAAAUUUGAUGAUUUGCUUGAUAUGUUUUGGUCUAGGCAUAAUCCUACUCAACUUAAUCGUCAGGGAAAUGAUGUGGGUACACAAUAUCGAUCAGGAAUAUACUUUUACUCACCAGAGCAGGAGAAAACAGCUAAGGAGUCUAUGGAACGACAAGAAAAGAUUAUAGGCAAGAAGAUUGUUACUGAGAUUUUGCCAGCAAAGAAGUUUUACAGAGCAGAGGAGUAUCAUCAGCAGUACUUAGCAAAGGGCGGUCGCUUUGGUUUCAGGCAGUCAACUGAGAAAGGCUGCAAUGAUCCUAUCCGAUGCUACGGCUGAUUAUAAGUUGGGGUCACAUUCUGAACAUGAUGUUUUCCGUUUACAUGCAGAAAUGGUUGUUAAUAACGUAGGUAUGUGAAAUCUCUGUUCUCUCAAAAAGAUAAAACAUCAAAGAACAUAAAUAUGUUGUGUGCUUUGGUAACUUUUAUGUGUAGCUACUGAACAUAUCAGAUAUAUGUAAUUAAACGUAGAAUUCUUUGGUAUACAUAGAUGUGGUAUAUUGUAUAUGUUAGUUCCUC